GAGUCUGACUGGGGGGCAACCAUCACCGGGGAUAAAAGUACACCGCGUCGCGUUCAUUUUUGACCACCGGAGAGCACCGCUGCCUCUCUACCGGAGCCGCCUUAUUUAUAUGGUAACAGUUUUGAAGAAGGAGCAGCAAGCAUGUUCUACACCUGUGGUCCCAACGAGGCUAUGGUGGUGUCAGGGUUAUGUCGUUCUCCCCCGCUGAUGAUAGCUGGAGGCCGAGUGUUCGUCAUCCCGUGUUUUCAGCAGAUACAGAGGAUUUCCCUGAACACUCUGACUCUGAAUGUGAAGAGUGACAAAGUCUACACCCGCCACGGAGUGCCCAUCUCCGUCACCGGGAUAGCCCAGAUGAAGAUCCAGGGUCAGAACAAACAGAUGCUGGCCGCAGCCUGCCAGAUGUUCAUGGGGAAGUCCGAGGCAGAGAUUUCUCAGAUCGCCUUGGAGACGCUGGAGGGGCACCAGCGUGCCAUCAUCGCCCACUUGACUGUUGAGGAGAUCUACAAGGACCGUAAGAAGUUCUCAGAGCAGGUUUUUAAGGUGGCCUCCUCCGACCUGGUCAACAUGGGCAUCAGCGUGGUCAGCUACACGCUCAAAGAUGUUCACGACGACCAGGAUUACCUGCAUUCACUGGGAAAGGCUCGCACGGCCCAGGUUCAGAAAGACGCUCGCAUUGGAGAGGCCCAGAACAAGAGAGAUGCUGUGAUCAGGGAAGCCCAUGCAAUGCAGGAGAAAAUCUCAGCUCAGUACAAGAAUGAGAUCGACAUGGCAAAGGCGCAGAGGGACUAUGAGCUGAAGAAGGCGGCCUAUGACAUCGAGAUCAACACUAAGAAGGCUGAGUCAGAGAUGGCCUACCAGCUGCAGGUCGCGAAGACAAAGCAGCGUAUUGAGGAGGAGAAGAUGCAGGUCCAGGUAGUUGAGCGGACGCAGCAGAUCACUCUGCAGGAGCAGGAGAUCGCCCGCAGGGAGAAGGAGCUGGAGGCCAAGGUGAAGAAACCUGCCGAGGCCGAGCGGUACCGCCUGGAGAAACUGGCUGAGGCCCAGCGUCUUAAGUUGAUCAUGGAGGCAGAAGCCGAAGCUGAAUCCAUUAGGAUUAAAGGUGAGGCUGAGGCGUUCGCACUGGAGGCCAAAGGUCGCGCAGAGGCAGAGCAGAUGGUAAAGAAGGCAGAGGCCUUCCAGCAGUACAAGGAAGGAGCCAUGGUGGACAUGCUGCUGGAGAAGCUGCCUCUGAUGGCAGACGAGAUCAGCAAGCCGCUGUGCGAAGCCAACAAAGUUACCAUGGUGUCCAGUGGAGGCGGGGAGGUGGGCGCAGCCAAACUGUCAGGAGAGGUGCUGGACAUCAUGACCCGCCUCCCCGACGUGGUGGAGAAACUGACUGGAGUCAGCAUCUCCCAGGGGACCCCCCCAACCCCCCAAGCAGACUGAAGCGAAUCAACCAAACCGGUGACCAGGCAGAUCCCCCCUCCCACAGUCUUAUCCUCUGCCUGGACUCUUUGCAUGAGUCUGCUGACACAAAGUCUACCCGUGCUGCUCUUACAUCCUCUGUGUCUGCGUCUGUCGACAUCUAGUUGCGAUGUGUCCGUGUUGUGAAAAUGGCCUACACAUUUCACUUUUUCCUUUUUUCUUUUGGGUCACCGACUACCAGCCUCUGUCUGGGUUAAAGUAUUGUGUUCCCCCGGCUACAGUUACAGUUGUUGUCCACUGGUGCUGUGUUACAUCCUCUAUAAACACAAAGUGUUCAAAUUAUAACACCUCCCAGGUAUUAUCUUUUUAAAAAUCAGACCUGUUACUUGAUUGACGUUGGUAUGAUCAGAUUUUAAAACUCACUGAAACAAGAAACAAAUGUAACUGUAGUCUCUGUUAAUCCUGUACUUUGUUAAAUGAUGUCCUUUCCUACCUUCUUCUCUCUAAUGUGUGUCACGUUUUGCGUGUUUGCGUAGCGCUGAUGAGAAAGUCUUUAUCUGUCUUCUUUUGUCUUGAAUCUCUCCCCACUGUCCACGUCUCCCUUUAACGUCUCCUCCAUAACUGCCUGUGCGUGCUGCCUUGCUGCCAGACCUUAAGUGCAUCUUAACGUGAAAGUUUAAUACAAUCAUGCUAUCGAAACCUUCAUAUACUAACGCUACUAACGUUACACAGUCUAAUACUAAACCAAGAGUGCAGCCUGUAGCUUUAGCUCUUUUCUCAUCAUGUAUUUGUGACAGAAUUCAUAUUUGCUUAAUGAAGGGAGUGUAAGGUGAUCAUUUUGUCAGUCCUCAAGUCUUUGAAGUCACGGUGGAUGGUUGCUGAUUUACAGCUAAUCAAAAUCGGGAUACCAUCGGUAAAUCUGACUGCCAUUAUUAUGUAUUAUAUUUUUAAAAUCUGUUGCUGUUUUCUAUUUUAUAUAU